AUGUGGAUUAUUUCAUAUUCAUAUAAAUCAGCAGAUGAUACAUUGACUAAUGUAUCAUGCUGUUUAAAACAAAACGAAACUUAUUCGAUCGGUAGAUCAAAAAAAUCACCUUUGUUUGUUAAAAAUGAUAAAAGUAUAUCUAGACAACACGUUACAUUCCAUUGGACUGGGAAUUUAAAUAAUCAAUUAAGUUUGCUUAAUCAAGGAAAAUUAACAAGAGUCAAUUCCAGGAUUUUAAAUCCCGCUGAAACAUUAUUAUUCAAUGCAGAUAUUGAGCAUCCUGCCGAGGUGGAACUUGGCGCAACUCCAGUAGUAGUGUGCGGAGCUUGGACCAACCAUGUUUACAAUAUACCAAUUGAAUUUCAACAAUUUGAAAGCCAAUUAAAAGAUUAUGGAUUUAAUAUAAAUUUUGGGCCUCAAAAGAAUGAAGCAAUUACAUAUGUCAUCGAUAUUGAACCCCGACCUAUGAAUAAUAAUUUUAUAUCAGGUACGCUAUAUUACUCAUUAGUAAAUAAAUCCAUUAUAUUAAAAUCCUCAUUUUUAACUUCUCUGUUAAAUCUUUUGAAUCCAAAUGUAACAACAUUUAAUAUUGAUUUUCAAAACUUAUUAGAUGCUAGCAAAAUUGAAGAUUUUAGAAAUAUAAAUUUAGAAAGCUUAAAAGUAGAACUAACUGGAAUAAAACUCAUAGUGUUAAAUGACAACACCACUGAUUUAAUAUACUUUAUAGCUGCAAUGGAGGUAAUUAAUUUACCAACUAUCACUACAGAAGAUGAUACCAUAUUCAUUAACACAGUUAAAAGCCACUCAGAAGAGCGACUUAUUUUAUUAACUACUUCAAAUAGUAGACAUAUUGAAACUAUUAAAGUUCAUACUUUUAAAGAUUUCUAUCAAGGUAUUAAAAAUCAAAAUAUUAACCAUUUGAUUCAAGUAAUAAAAAAAGAUUCUCCACAUACAAUAGAAAGGAAUUCAAGAGAAACUAUCUCAUUAAAUAAUGAAAAUCAAACUUACAGCCAAUUAUCUCCAUAUAUAGAAGAUAAUAAUAAAGUAAACAGCAAUACAAUAUCUGAUUCACUUUUAAAACAAACAUCUGAACUAAUAAAACCCUCAGUCAAUGACCAUGCUCCAGAAAAGCCACCAGUGAAAAGAAGAAGAUUAAAUAGAAAACGUGUUCAACCAUUAGACAGCUUACACUUCUUUGUUGGUGGUAAUACAAAUCCAACACAAAAUAAUUUAUCUCAAACAGAAUCGGAUCUCAAAAAUGUAGCAAAUCCUCGUAACGUAUUUUCACAAAGGAAAUCUAACGACAAGAUUGAUAAGGAUGAAAUAAUAGUUUCACAACCUUAUACAAAAGAGCCAUUUCUGAAAGAAGACCUUUCAAUACCAACCAGUAUAACGAAGCAAAUGUCACUUUCUAAUAAUGAAACUUUACAAUAUCCUUCAAAUUCACAACACUCACCUGUUAGUUUACAAGAACCAAUAUGCUCAAAUAUAGGCUCAAAUAUACCUAGUAUUGGAAAAGAAGACACUAACCCUAGCUUAGUGACUAAUAAAAUAAUGGCUGCUUCUACUUCUAAAAAAGAUGUUAAAAUUCUUGCAGCGCGAAGCAAAAAACCUUUGAAUGAUUCAAUAGAUAUGGAUAUGAGCGAUCAGGCUGAACUAACAGAUAUCCAUUCUGCAGCUACUGAUCAACAAUAUGAAAAGAAAACAUUAUCCAACUAUAUAUUAAAUAAUAAACCUGACGACCAAGCUAACUCUUUAAAAAGGUCCAAGGAACAAGAGAAAGGAACUGUGUCACCAGUGAAACGAUCCCCAACUCCUAAUAAUUUCAUUUCUGCACUUCAAGAUGCCAAGAAUAGAGAAACAGAUAGAUUAGGAUCUAAAUUUGUGAAGAUUUACGAUGAGGAGCUUACUGAAGAAGCCAUUAAUAAAUUUAGUAAUCUAGCAGUUGUAGAAACAAAUGUAGAUAUUGUUAUUAGUGAAGGCAAGAAGAAUAAUGAAUCAAUUACAGAUAUAGACCCAAAAUGGAAAGGACGUAAAAAUUUUAAAAACUUUGUUAAACAAUUACCAAAAUAUAGAAUGAAGACAAUGCCUUCUGGUGACAACGGUGUAGCAAGUUUUAUUAGGAAUAGUGCCUUUUUAUUAGCAAGAGAGUAUGUACCAAUGCAAGAAUUUAAGAUGAAUAAUCAAGGUAAUAGAAUACAAGAAUUUCCAGAGUUUCCUGUUGAGUACUCACCUCAGCAAGCUGAACAGCUUCCAAGCAAUGGUGCGUCGAUGAAUACCAUAACCCAAACAUUUUCUUCUGAUGAUCUAGAAACUCUUGAGCAAUCAUUUAGCUUUUCACGAGCUUCCGGCGGGGAUAUUAAUAAUAAUGUAUAUCCACAUAUUACGAAAACUACUAAAGGGAAUAGCCUAUUUGUUACAGAGGAUGAUGAUGAUGAUGCUACUAUAUCUCAGAACUUCGAUACUGAAACGUCUCCAGAUCAUAAUUUGGUCGCCAAUUUAGCUCGUAAUAUGGUAAGUAUUGACGAUACUCAUCCAAAUAUAUCAAUAGACCAAAAUAAUGAUUUAGGAAUAGAAAUAUCCAUGAGUGGGAAUGAUGAUAACCAUAUUAGAUCCACAUCAUCAAAUAUGAAUAGCCUUAAUAGAAAUCACAGCACUAAAUUGCAUAAUUCACGUUCAUUACCGUCCAACAAUUCAAGACAAUCAUUUAGAGUCAUGGAGGGUAGUGAAGACGAUGACGACGAUGCACCAAAAUUCAAAUUCAGUAGAAAAAGGUAG